AAUAUGCCAUCAAUGUUUCCAAAGGGAUGCAAAAUACAAAAUUUCAAUUUGCAUGGAAAUCAAAUGGAAGGCCUAUUACCUAGAUCCUUGGUGAAUUGUAGCAUGUUAGAGGUUCUAGACAUUGGCAACAACAACAUAAAGGACACAUUUCCCUAUUGGUUGGAAUCACUUCCCAAGCUACAAGUGCUUAUUCUAAGGUCAAACAAAUUUCAUGGUUUUGUGAGCAACACCAAAGCAAAUUCAUCUUUCUCCAAGUUACGGGUUUUGGACCUAUCUAACAAUGAAUUUUUUGGUCCUUUGCCUGUGCGCUUCAUUGAAAAUCUCAAAGCUAUGGUAAAUCCUCUUGAAGAUGACAACUCCGCACAAUACAUGGGGGGAAGUUUCUCAUAUGAAUAUUCAAUAGUUGUGAUAUUGAAAGGAUUGAGCAUUGAACUGGAGAAAGUUUUGACCGUAUUUACAAGCUUUGAUCUCUCAAAAAACAAGUUUGCCAGAGAGAUUCCAAAAGUUAUUGGGAAGCUUAGUUCUCUUAAAGGACUUAAUCUUUCCUAUAACAACUUUAGUGGUCAGAUUCCACAUUCACUUCAGAACUUGACCAAUCUCGAAUGGUUGGACCUAUCUUCCAAUGAGCUGGUCGGGGAAAUUCCACAGGAGUUGGUAUCUUUGACAUCACUCUGUGUUCUAAACCUUUCCAAUAAUCAACUUGUUGGAUGUAUACCACAAGGCAAUCAAUUCAACACCUUUGGAAACAGUUCAUAUGAGGGAAACCCUAGAUUAUAUGGAUUUCCAUUAACAAAAUCUUGUGAUGGAAAUGGGCUGCCGCAACAACCACCAAGCUCCUUCCAUGGAAAGGAUCAUGAGUUAUGGGAAUUUGGUUGGAGAGUUGUGCUUCUAGGGUAUGGAUGUGGAUUUGUGUUUGGACUACUAAUAGGGUAUCUUACCUUCCAUAAUGGAAAACCAAAAUGGUUUGUGACUUUGUUUAAUGGCCAACAAAAUCAAAGGGCGAGGAAUGUGAGGAAAGCUCGAAUACGUGCUCAAAGAAGAAAUUAAUUGCAGAUUUGGUGACUAAGACCUCAUUGUUUCCUAAAUGUUCUUGUUUUAAUUGAAUUGUGUUUUUUAUGACAGACGUUAUCUUUUCAUUUUCUCUAUGUACUUUUAAUUCUCUUUGUUAAAACAUAUAUUUAAAAGGUCAACUCAAAAUAAUUACUGUUCAAUACAAUAAACUUGAAAUUUCUAU